CCUCUUCUUCCGCCGUCGUCGUCGUCGAAGCGGCCUGUCAGUCAGCUGUUUGUCGGUCGGUCACCGGGAGUUUAAAGUUCCUCAUCGUAACAGUCCACGACGGGAGCGCGUCAUGUCUUUCAACAAUAUGGCAGACCCGAGGCGGCAGAAUAAGAUUCUACGGUACAAACCCCCCAGCACAGACACUAACCCCACACUGGAAGACCCCACGCCGGACUACAUGAACCUGCUCGGCAUGAUCUUCAGCAUGUGUGGACUGAUGCUCAAGUUGAAGUGGUGCGCCUGGAUCGCCGUCUACUGCUCUUUCAUCAGUUUCGCAAACUCUAGGAGCUCGGAGGACACCAAGCAGAUGAUGAGCAGCUUCAUGCUGUCCAUCUCCGCGGUUGUGAUGUCUUACCUCCAGAACCCGCAGCCGAUGUCGCCGCCAUGGUAACCAAGAGCCAACCGCAGCAGGUCAAGUGAACCGUGGAUGCCAGAGUUGGCGAUGAGACAGCUGAUCGUCGUCGUCCCUUCCCCUCCCCUCUGGCCAUUGUUGGGUAAAGAACAGGGACUGAAAUGGAAGAUAAUUAGAUAUAAAGAGAAGAAGAGAUAUAAAACCAGACGGCCAGGAAACGAGGACGCGACGUCAAGACGGAGAGAGCUAAUGGUUUCUGACUGAGUUCUCAUGUGUCUCUUUUUUUUAACCUUUUCUAAGUCUUUUUGGUUGUCGAUGACAAUUUCACUCAUUGGCUGAUCUCUGGCAGGACGUCAUUAUUAAAGUUGUACAGUUUUAAAAGUA